AUGCGUGCCAGCAGACUGCUGCCGUGGGAAGACGACUUCAACGGCAUCGCCCUCUCGCUCGCGCGUCUCCAAGACACGUACCUUCUGAACAUGACCAACCUCGUCGACGGUCACCUGGCCAUCACCUCGGGACCACGAAACCACACUGUGCCCGGUCGCAUUUCUCUCACAGCACGGGACUGCAUCUUCAUGGGCCAAGUGGCAGUGCACAACGGUUUCUACGAUCGCUCUGUGGAGUGGGUGGAGCGAGCCUUAGAAAAGGCAGCAAAUGAAAAUCCGCCGUCAAUCUCCACAGGACAUUUCGCGAAGUACCUUGAUUUACUCAUCAAAAAGCACGACAACGUACUGAACUCCGUGGGAAAAGCCGGACUCGAAUGGCAGACGUACGGAGUGCCCGUCCGCGAGCGGAACAAGAAACGGCUGCAGUUCCGGACGAAGUUGUUCACGGAGAACCUCACCAUCGCGCAGGAGGACCAGAACUACAAGCGCCUCUGCCGCGGAGAACAGCUCAGGACGCCAAAGAUGGACAGCCAGCUUCGAUGCCGGUACUUCUACGGAGAAGGUGGCUUUUUUCGGCUUCAGCCCGUGAAGAUCGAGGAGGCCAACCUGAAGCCGUACAUCAUCACCUUCCACGACAUCAUCGGCGAGCGUGACAUAAACGAUCUGAUCGAGUUCGCCACGCCUCGGCUUUCCCGAUCCACUCACUUCGCAGACGAUGGUAUUGAGACAUCCCUGAUCCGUACCAGCUCAACCGCUUGGCUAGGUGACGAGGAUGCUCCUGUGGCAACGCGAUUAAAUCGAUUCCUCGAGUCCCUGCUGGGUGUAGGAGCUCGAUACCUUAAAGGAGAAGCGGAGCAUUAUCAGAUUGCCAACUAUGGCGUAGGAGGCCAAUUUGCCGCGCACAUUGACUACCUCGAUGAUAUCCUCGCCGAUCCUAACCGAACGAUUGACGACUUCGGGCGUACGUCAGGUGAUCGAAUAGCUACGCUUAUGUUUUACCUAAGUGAUGUCGAAGAAGGAGGGGCGACCGUGUUCCCAAAUCUUGGCGUGCGAUUAAAGCCCAAAAAGGGAAAUGCAGCCUUCUGGUGGAACCUGAACGCGGACGGCGAGGGGGAGAAGCUGACAAAACACGGAGGUUGUCCCGUCCUGUAUGGUUCUAAGUGGAUCGCAAACAAGUGGUUCCGCUCCAACAGCAACAUGUUCCGGCUCCCCUGCCCACGGAAUCGCAGCCAACCUAUGGCCCCGCUCGUCUGACCAUGGUCCAGGCAGCUGUCAUCGCGGUUUGCGGCGCUCACAUUGCCUUGCCUUCGCCUUGAAUUAUCGUAAUCGUAAUAGAUAUGCGUCGUUGUUGUCCGCUUAUUCGAAUACUCAGGCCAAUAAACAAUGUGAUGUUGAUAUUUUCGUCACGUUUAAUUCGGGCACGCUGCACAAAGCUCCGCAUCACACCUGUGUGAGUAGAAAAAAAAAACUUACUCUUGUAUACGCGAGUAGAGGAUCUAUAUCCUCUAUAGAGGAUAUACAUCCUCCUGUAUUGCCUUCUAACUGCCUCCGCCCUCACGUAAGCUCAAUUAUUUCAGACAGGACUCUUUGCUUCCUGCUUGAUGUCAUGCUUUAGUGCACGCACUCGCUACGUCAACCCAAUUUCGAGAGUAUCGGGCAUCGUGUCGCGUGCUCACAUUGGCAAGACAGGAAGCUAGACUUAGUUGGUAAUUGAUAAAAAAAAGAAGCACGAUACGGCACACGAGGAGACAGAAAGAAAGGCACAUGAAGCGCAUGCUUCCAACAGCAUCGCAAAGAUCACAUGUUCGUGCAUGAAGGAGAAAAAUAAUUAUAAGGCGUCAUAUCUUACUACAAGGAAAUCUUCAACGAUAACUUGCUAAACAUUUGCAGGUAGCACGAAACAGCAAUAGAUU